AUGGUCGCGGUGGCCGGAAGUCGGGCCCGCUCCCCCGCCCUCCGCGCCCCCGCCCGCGCCGAGCGGCCCAAGCGCGGGAGCCGCGCGCGCCCUUCGGGACGCACCAUCCCGCCGGCCGCCGAGGGGGAGCGCCGAGGGCCCGGCCGCCCGCCGGCGCCGCCCCCCACCUCCCCCGCGGCUAGGAACCUCCGCGGGCACGGCCCCCACGAGGCCCGCUCCACACACCCGGAACCCGGAGCCGCCGCCGCCACGAGAGGCGGACCCCGAGGACGCGGACAAACCCGCCCCCCCCCCGGCGCGGUCCGAGUGGGCCGGUCCCGGGAAAGAAGGGAACGCGGAGGCCCCUCCCGUCAACACGCGCGGCCGCUCGGGCUGCGCAGGCGCGCGGCGCGGGGGGCGGGGCUGGCGGCGGCGGCGGAGGCGAUGGCGGAGGCGAUGGCGGCGCGGGGCGGCCUCGGGCCCCGGAGGGACUCCCGUCGCCGCCGGCCGCCCGACGGGACCGAGGUAACGCCGCAGUGCCCGCGGGCGACAGAGGUCGGGUCGCGGGCGCUCGGUCCCAGCCGAGGGGCGGGCGCCGGACGGCGUGCGGGACGGAGGGCGCCGCGGCUGGCCGGGGUCCUGGGCCUCGCCGGUGGGCGUCUCGCCGUCGCACCCGCAGCGCACUCCUGCCGAGGGAGGCCCUGCCCCCCCCCACACACACACACACAGCCCCCGGCGGCGGCCCGUCGUGACGUGCGCGUCCUGACGUCACCCUGCCGGCGCCGCCCUACGUGUCCUCUCCCUGAUGUCACCCGGCGGCGCCGCGGAGCAGGCUGCUGUCACCUGCUGAGUGGUCAGCGUUCUCGAGCCAGUGCGAGUGCGCCAGCACAUUCCUGCGAUGCUCCCUGUGUGCUUGCAGCCAGCACAUUCCUGCGAUGA